CAAGGUUUGUCCAGGGACAAACGCCCUGCGGCAGGAGGAGCACAGCCUUGCCCACUGCAGCCUUGUCCCGGGCCUACCGCACCCAUUGUGUUGCCUCAUGGUAAAGCCUCCUCUCGGAUUCGGGCCAGAUUAAGCUGCCAUUGUGCAGCUGAGUGUUGAAAGCAAGGCUCACGAGCCUCAUUCCUGCUUGGGACUGAGAGCAGAGGUGAGCCAGGUAGGCAUAAACGCUCCUGUCCGUCCAGGGAGUGUGCAAGUUGCACUCCAUCAGUGUGCAGGCAUGCAGUAAUUCAGGAUAGCAAAGGAAGGGAAAAGCCUCCUGGAAUGCAGUCCACGAGCAGGAAAACGCGUAAUUAAAAUAUGCAUAACUAGCUUGUGUUUUUCCCUUAACACGUGAAGUGGUUAGAUGUAAUCCUACAGAUGGCUGAGGAGAAUGCAGUGGAGGGGAAGAACGUGAGCCAAGCGGAGUCACUGGGACACUUACUGGAAGACUUUUGGUUAUAAAAUAUAAAAAUUGUGAAAUGUUUUUGUUACUUGGAGCUCACAGUUGAGGAAGUGAGAGUUGUUGCUGAGGUGAAGUAUGUAGCUCUCCCUUGGUCAGUCAGGUUGUUGAUGUCUCUGUGCGUUCCUGAACUGGGUUUUUCCAAUUACCUGCUCUAGUCUGGGCAAAUCAGUACCCUUGAGAGAGACCAGUCCUACUUGUUCCGAGCUGCCUGUGACCAAGGAGGCUGGACAAAGGAGCGUUUGGAGCUGUGGAGAGUGGUUUAGUACAAGAAGCAUGUUUGGCAGGUCUGUUCUAGAGACCCUGCAAACACUUGACCUGAAAAGUAUGAUUGUUCUCAUUAAGCACAGUCACUUCUUGGAGAGGCAGAGAUGGGCUUUUCUGGCAGAAAUGAGGGGAUCUACUGCUAUAGGAGGCAAGAGUUUAUCUGCUCUUUCAGUCUGUGUUUCCUCAGUGCUUGUGCCUGGCCAGCUCUGGGCUCGUGCCCCGCAGCUCCAGCCGCCAGUCCCAGGCCUCGCACCGGCCAGUGGGCCGCCUUGCUUCCAGGGCUGUGCGCAGCCAGGCUGAACGGAAAGUGAUUAGCACAGCCCUCAGGCUUGCAGGGCUUGGGAUCAAAGGGCUCCCGCUGGCAGUCACUGAUGAAGAACAUCAUCCAGUAUCUUUGUGUCCGAUCGCUUCCUAAUCUCCGCACUAGCUGUACCCGAAGUUCCUCCUCUGGAUGGCCGGCAUCGAGGGACAGGGAGGACCCUGGGAGGAGCACUGGCAGAGCAGGGGCUGGUGCUCUGCACUCUGAACUCCAGUGUAGCAUCCUGAGGGUGAAUAGCCUCCUGGAAGUAAUAGAAGACCUACAUUGUGAAGGGGAAGGAAGGGCCACAUUUUCACAUCCUGGGUUGGUUUUUUUUUCCCCUCACCUUUAUUUUGCUGGUUUUUUUUGUUCUUCUGCUCUGUCACAUUCCGGGUCUUGCUCUAAAACUGUACCUUUGCCUGCACAAUUAUGCCCACAGGUAAUAGGAAACCAGGGUUUCAAAAGAAAACCUGAUGCCAUUGCUAGAUAAUAGCAGUUUCCUAAAUAAAUGUGUGGUUGCCCUGGGGGUUAGGUUGUUACCAGAUGCACCUUUUCUUGAUUGGUGAGAACAGGAGAUGACGCUUCCUGGCGUAUAAGUGCAGGCGAAAACACGGGAGCACAGAUAAGCAGAGCGAGCAAGCCACCUGGAAAGAAGACCUGAGAAGGUGUUAAAGCAACUGCCUGCCAUGGCAUUUGGAAUGCUAAUCUAUAUUUUGCUGAAAGCAAUGGGGGCACUGAGUGAAGAGUCAGCUAUUACUGCUUCAUCCCUCAGCACUGACUUAUGGAAUAAUUGGACAAAAAACAACACUGAAGUAGAUUAUACAGAGCAGCCAAAGCUCUUGAAGCUGAUGCAGACCUGCCUUGAGGAACACCACAGCUAUUGUAUCAAUGGGCUCUGCGCCUUCCACAGCGAGCUGAGGAAGCCCAUAUGCAAGUGCCUUGCAGGUUAUAAUGGAGAAAGGUGUGAACAUUUAACACUAAAUUCAUAUGCACAUAAUUCCUAUGAGCGCUACAUUGCAGUGGGAAUUGGCAUAGGAAUACUGACCAGUGGAAUACUCGCCAUCAUCUACUACUAUGUAAGAAAGAGAUGCAGGAAACUGAAAUCCCCCUACAAAGUGUGCGUGGGUGAGACAGCGUUGUGAGGCCCUGGCGCUGGAAGACUCACCAGUUUGCCUGCUGAGGAGCAAGGCCCCCCGCGCCAUCGGACAGGUACCCUGGCCUGGCUGAGGAGACGAACUCGAGGGAGCGGCAGAGGAGCGCGCCAAGGGAACUCCCGCAGGACUGACAGGCUCUGUGUGUUGGUGAAGAAAGACUUCCUCUCUUGGGUGAGGGUGGCUCGUGCUCAGGUCCGAGCAGCUGAGGAUGCUGGCAGGCCUCUCGGCGCUCUCCUGUGCCCGGUGCUUGCCGUGGGGAGGACUGGUUGGUUUUAGCUGUUUUCAGUCAUUUCAAGUGCUCGUACAGUGUUCUGCUUUGGUCUUUUGUGUCUUUUGUUUGGUUUUGUUUUGGUUUUUUUCUUCUUUUUUCUCCUCUGGAGGAUAAGCACCACCUUCCUCACAGUGGAGCUGUGUUCUGGGCAUCAUGCGCUGACCACAAAGCAUUUGGGUUCUGAUUUUGGUGUCUGCUGGCUGUGUGUGUGGAGGAUCAGCGCUCUCCUGACUCAACAGUUACCUUUGGUGUGCUGGGCCAAGUAUGGGCUUCUGGUGCCAUAAAGGACAAAAAAUGCUUUGGACCGAGGAAAAUGUCUGGUUCUCGAAACCUUCCUUAAAUUACAAUAUGGAGAGUAGGCAAUUCCUGGAAAAUCAGACCUUGACACCUCUGGGCAUGGCAUGUUCUUACUGUUUUCAGAAGCAAAGCAACCAGACGCCUUUCUCAAAAUGGAUUAUGGAGUAUGCUCGUGACAAAGGCCUCUCCUCUUCCCAAACAUCCUGUAGCAGCUCCUCAGUUCCAUGGAAUUUCAGGUAGAACAUUGCCUUGCUGCACCCUGAUUUCUGCACAAGACUUGAAUUGCUAGACAAGCUGGAAUUUCAUUGUGUAACUUCAAUACAGCUUUUCCCAGGAAACAGACUUUAUCUAUUCUGUUUGCACAUUAUGGGCACAAUGUGACCCCUCAAAUAAGAAUGAAAUUAUUUUAGGAGUUCAGUUCCACCCUGGACUAACAGAUUUCAUGUCGGAUGCUUGGUUCUAUUCGUCUUAUCUACAAAGAAUUGGGAAGGUACAAAUAUUUGGUUUAAGGAAAAGGGAAGAAAAUUGGUUCUGAAGAUGGUGGCACUAACUGGGACUUCUCACUGGAGUGUUUGCCAGCACUAGAGAUGGCUCUCAGAGAUUUUCAUUUCAGCUGUUGCACAUUGUAGACUCAUCUGCUGUGCUCAGCCAUCUACCAGAGAAAGGCUGCUGGUACUUUGAGACCUUGUGGGGCAAUGUCGGCUCCUAAAUUCAGGUGCCCUGCUGAAAGCUCAGUUUCUUUGUUAUGUGAGUUAAUUUUCACAACAAGGAUGCAUCAUGUUGUUUGUUGAAAAAGCUCUCUGUUUGUGAGGCUACGGUGACAAUGCUGAAAUGUGUAUGAAGGGUGGGGUUUGGAAGGGUAAAGGUGUGUGUGGCACUUGAAUGGUCUGAAGUUCAGGGGGCUUCUCAUGUGGGGAUCCUGAUCAGUACCUGAGCCAUCUUGGCUCUGUGAUAGCAGUAAAUAAAGCAGCACAUCACACACUGCUUGGACUCCCGUGGAACAGAGGGAGCAAGCGGCGUAUGCACACACAAAAAGGAUUGCUGGUGAGCAGUGGGUG